UAAAAAUUUUAACCUCAAUUGAUAACUUGUCACGAGGAAUCGGAGGAUGUAGCAAUACCAGAAAUGAAGUAAAUUUUCGAAGUUAACUACUAACUUUCAUUUGUUUAAAUUAUUACCCCUAACAUUUUAGUUCUUAUCUAUUUGAAGUUUCUGGUAAUUUCUUGGUCCAAAUGUUCCGCAAGUUAUGUUUUGUUCAUGCGUAGGACAUCCAAUUUUUAUCAGCACUUUUACCUGAAGGUAAUUUUCUAGGACUUGUGGAGUGCAUUUUUAUGAUGAUUCUUGGAUUACGCUUAAACCUGUUGAGAGUUCUCCUCAAAUCUUCCAGACAUCUUGAGUGUUUUAACUCUACCGUAGUGACGAAUGUAGGUGUGCAUCUGUCACCUGUGGGCAACUCGCCUGACAAGGUACAGAACCUCAGUUCUUCUGAUGAAGCUGGAACCUCGCUAGGAGCUGUGGAGGACAGUUUAUCAGGUAAAGGCAAGUCCCGGUUAGUUGCAGCAGCUUUUGCCUCUCUGGGACAUGUUGACACCUCAGGAGCGGUGGAGAAUCCAUCUUUGGACGAUAAAAUUAAAACAGCGAAAACGGUCAACGAGCUGCUUAGUUUGAUGGAUAAUCAGAUCAUAUCCAAAGGGCAUGCUUUCAAGGUCUUCAGCAUUUUGUCAACCUGGACUUCGCAGAAAAAAAUAGAAAUUUCUGAGCUGGAAACAGAUAUACGGUUUUUAAAAUUAUGUAAAUUUUUGAAUAAAUCUGUCAGUAAACAUUUACAGGCUGCUAAAGGUGACAAAGUAGCCGGUGGUCCGAAUAUUGUAACGGAAGUGACCAAUGAAGAUGUCGCUGCCAAGUUAUCAUCAACCUUAGAAUUGCCUCAAUUAGUCAAAGUGCUGCAUUCACUUGCAAUGAAGCAGAAACGAUCGUUGACCCUGUUGCGAUCACUGGUGUACAAUAUCACCGAAAAUCCAGAGGACUUAAAUGUGAAGCAAUGCGCUGAUGUCCUGUAUAGCUUAGCCUCAUUAAACUAUCCGGACGAAGUGCUCAUGUGUCGAGUAACAGCUGAUCUAUACAAAUGCAUCGAGACAACAGAGAGGCCAUCAGUCAUCAAAUCGAUAAUUCAGAGCAUAGGCAUGUUAAAGUAUAGAGACACGGAAUUAUUAGAUCAAUUGAGCGAAUGGAUCUUGAAGCACCUCCACGCAUGCAGGCCUCAGGAACUUUCAACAUUAAUUCAAACAUUAGCUGCUGUUAACUUUAAACCCUCAAAUGAGGAAGUACUGAAGGCAAUUUUGCCCAGUAUAAAUCAGGACCAAGGAAUGAACGUAUCAGGGUGGUUGAAGAUUGUCUGGUCCUUAGCAGUGUUGGGAGAAGCUACUGAUAAACAAGUCAUGUCAGUUCUCCAGCCUGAAUUCGUUGACAAAUUAAUUGUAACCUGGGACAGUCUACCAUUUGCCUUUAACCUCAAACUGCUUCAACUCUAUGGUUAUGCCUCUUUAGUCUUGAAGUGUUCAGACGCCCAAUGGUUGGCGAAGAAUCAAGAACUCAAAAAUAUUCCUCUGUUAAGGUCGAAAGACAAACAGGUUUAUGUGAAUGGAGUGUUCACGGCUCUUUCAAAUUUACUGCCAUCUUCUGUGUAUCUGUCAAAAGAUAUCAAUUCAGGAUAUGGAUACUUAAUUGAUGGAGUAUGUCAAAUAGAUGAUAAGUUGACGCCCAUAGCUCUAAUUGACAAGAAAACUGGAAAGAGAAUUAAUGAAAAUAACGGAACAAAAAUAGCAAUUAUGGUGCAUGACUUCCAUGAUUUCUGUCGAGGAUCUCACAACAAACUCGAUGGGGCAAACAGCCUCUUCCUUAGACUCACAGAACUUAGCGGAUACAAAGUAAUGUCUGUUCCAUUUCACGAGUUCAACUUGUCAGAUAAACUUCCAACCAGAGUACAGUAUUUAGAAGACAAAGUCAAAAUGUUGUUGAAAAGCAAGUAGUUUUCGGUAAUCUUUUCUUCAAGUCUGUAAAAUUGUAUAAAAAGCUAUUUCUCAAGAUCGUUUUGAAUUCGGCGGUCGUUUUUAGUCGCAUACUUUCGAUGUCGCAGGUGAGAGUGAACAAUCCUGUUUCUACAAUCGUAUAUGAAGUCAAAGCAUCAGCAUUUAUCGAUUUUUAUAGGCAUAGUGAUGCUGUCAGGGGUAUGAUUUAUAUCUACUGUGGUUUUGUGUAGGUAACUUAAUUUUCCUGUUCAGUAAUUGUAAGAUCUGUAAAUCUAGAUGAUUUUUGUAAUGAAUUGAUAAAUGUUACACUUUUAACUAAGUCCAACUUUAAGCCUCUUUUCAGUAAUGAAUCACAUCAAGCAUUUGCAUGAAUGUAUUAACUUUAAGACGCUACGAUCUGUAUGCAAUGACCCAUCCCCUUUUGUAAAAGAAUAUGGUCCUAUUUUAUUUUAGGCUUUUGGGCUGUUAUAAGUAUCCAAUGUUACAUUUCGAAACUUGAUUGUCGUGAGUGAUAAAAAUGGAAGUAUUUCAAGGCGUAGGUGAAAAAUAUAGUAUGAAUCCCAAAAUGUCGUAAUGAGAUAGUUGCAAGUGCUAAAGUUUUGUUACGAUAAAAAACACCACUUUAACGUAAAAAUGAAGAUACUGUCUUGGAAUUUGAUACUUUAACAAUCGUGCAUAUGCUGACAGUUCUCUAAAAAGGAGAAAUUAGCUUGGCCAUAGCCGAGGCCAUGGAAUGGAGGUUUGCCAGAGUAGCAAGAAAACUCCAGCCUGGCAUUGAGAAGGAUGCAAUUGGACAAAACAGCCCCUGAAAGCCUGCGAAUGGAGACAGGGAAUUAGAAAAAUAUUAUUAGCAACAUGACAAGCGUAUCAAGAAGUUUUGAAGAGAGAGGAUGAAAGAAUAGAAAAAAUCGGGUGAAUAAUGAAAAUAAAUAUUUGAAGGAGAAAAACAUACUUGCAUUACAUUUAACUGAUCAGAAUCACUUAAUUUUACAUGUUUGAUCCUAAUGCCUCUUAGUUUAAUAUAAUUUGAUGCAGAAACGUUUUUAUUCCAUGGAACGCCCGCAAUUUUAUCGGAUGGUCCUUUUGCUCAAAAUUUCAGCACAUAUUUUUCUACAGCCUACUUACAUUUUUGCGUCUGACUAUAAAUAGUAAUCUUCACAAAUAGUUCUGCUCAGCUAAAACUUUUAUGUUCUUGAUGCGCUCUGUUCUUUGCCUUAAUGUCAUUUUCAAUGCAAUGCCUCCGAGUCAAAUUCAGAAGUAGGAUUUUCGAGGAUAAGCAUCUGGGUGCAUCAAAUGCUACAGACCAGAUUACCAAUUCAGGGAUCUCCACCUAUUGAGGUUGCAGAAGUAUGAAUUCUUAACACCUCAGACAUUUUUAAUUUGCGCUUGGAAAACGAGUUCGCGGUUUUGUUGAUGAAUAUUGAGAUUAGCAAAUCCGUGAUCGUAACUCAUAUUUGUUUUUUAUUGUUUCACUAUUUUUUUUCUUUGUUCUUUGUAAAUUACUAAAUACAAUGGAAGUUGUUUACAAA